AUGGUGCAGAAGCCGCGCAACGGCGGCGUGUACCCCGGCCCGAGCGCCGAGAAAAAGCUCAAGGUGGGCUUCGUGGGGCUGGACCCCGGCGCGGCCGACAGCACCCGCGAUGGCGCGCUGCUCAUCGCCGGCGCCGAGGCCUCCAAGCGCGGCAGCAUCCUCAGCAAGCCGCGCGCGGGCGCGGGCGCCGGGAAGCCCCCGAAGCGCAACGCCUUCUACCGCAAGCUGCAGAACUUCCUCUACAACGUGCUGGAGCGGCCGCGCGGCUGGGCCUUCGUCUACCACGCCUACGUGUUCCUGCUGGUCUUCUCCUGCCUCGUGCUCUCCGUGUUCUCAACCAUCAAAGAGUACGAGAAGAGUUCGGAAGGCGCGCUCUACAUCCUGGAAAUCGUGACCAUCGUGGUGUUCGGCGUGGAGUAUUUCGUGCGGAUCUGGGCUGCGGGCUGCUGCUGCCGGUACCGCGGCUGGAGGGGGCGGCUCAAGUUCGCCCGGAAACCCUUCUGUGUGAUCGACAUCAUGGUGCUCAUUGCCUCCAUCGCGGUGCUGGCCGCCGGAUCCCAAGGCAACGUCUUCGCCACGUCCGCGCUCCGCAGCCUGCGCUUCCUGCAGAUCCUCAGGAUGAUCCGCAUGGACCGGCGAGGCGGCACCUGGAAGCUCCUGGGCUCUGUGGUCUAUGCCCACAGCAAGGAGCUGGUCACCGCCUGGUACAUCGGCUUCCUGUGCCUCAUCCUGGCCUCGUUUCUGGUAUACUUGGCGGAGAAGGGUGAGAACGACCACUUCGACACCUACGCAGACGCGCUCUGGUGGGGCCUGAUCACCCUGACAACCAUUGGCUACGGGGACAAGUACCCCCAGACCUGGAACGGGAGGCUCCUGGCGGCAACAUUCACCCUCAUUGGCGUCUCCUUCUUUGCUCUUCCUGCCGGCAUUUUGGGGUCUGGUUUUGCCCUGAAAGUUCAGGAGCAACAUCGGCAGAAGCACUUUGAGAAGAGGCGGAACCCUGCUGCAGGCCUGAUCCAGUCUGCCUGGAGGUUCUACGCCACCAACCUGGCGCGCACGGACCUGCACUCCACGUGGCAGUACUACGAGCGCACGGUCACUGUGCCCAUGUACAGACUGAUCCCCCCGCUCAACCAGCUGGAGCUGCUGCGGAACCUCAAGAGCAAAUCCGGCCUCACGUUCAGGAAGGAGCCGCAGCCGGAGCCGUCCCCCAGUCAGAAGGUCAGUUUGAAAGACCGUGUCUUCUCCAGCCCCCGAGGUGUGGCUGCCAAGGGGAAGGGGUCCCCGCAGGCUCAGCCCGUCAGGCGGUCGCCCAGCGCCGACCAGAGCCUGGAGGACAGUCCGAGCAAGGUGCCCAAGAGCUGGAGCUUCGGGGACCGCAGCCGCGCACGGCAGGCCUUCCGGGUCAAGGGCGCCGCGUCCCGGCAGAACUCAGAAGAAGCAAGCCUCCCCGGGGAGGAUAUCGUGGAUGACAACAAGAGCUGUACUUGCGAGUUCGUGACCGAGGACCUGACCCCGGGCCUCAAAGUCAGCAUCCGGGCCGUAUGCGUCAUGAGGUUCCUGGUGUCCAAGCGGAAGUUCAAGGAAAGCCUGCGGCCUUACGACGUGAUGGAUGUGAUCGAGCAGUACUCGGCCGGCCACCUGGACAUGCUGUCCCGCAUCAAAAACCUGCAGUCCAGAGUGGACCAGAUUGUGGGGCGGGGCCCGGCGAUGACCGACAAGGACCGGACCAAGGGCCCGGCGGAAGCAGAGCUGCCGGAGGACCCCAGCAUGAUGGGCCGGCUGGGCAAGGUGGAGAAGCAGGUCCUGUCCAUGGAGAAGAAGCUGGACUUCCUGGUCAGCAUCUACACGCAGCGCAUGGGGAUCCCGCCCUCAGAGACUGAGGCGUACUUCGGGGCCAAGGAGCCGGAGCCGGCACCGCCCUACCACAGCCCCGAGGACAGCCGCGACCCCGGCGACCGCGGCGGCUGCAUCGUCAAGCUCAUCCGCUCCACCAGCUCCAUCGGCCACAAGAAUUUCGCGGCGCCCCCGGCCGCGCCCGCUGCCCAGUGCCCGCCCUCCACUUCGUGGCAGCCUCAGGGCCAUCCACGCCAGGGCCACGGGGCCUCGCCCGUGGGGGACCACGGCCCGCUGCUGUCCAGAGUGGGUGGGUGGCCAAUGGCCUGGGUGGGCCAGGAGGGCCGGCACCUGUGGGGUGUCUGGAUGUGA